GUUCUUCUCUUCCUGAUCAGCGUUUCAUCACCGGGAGAUUAGUGCUGCGUUCAGCGGUCGCUGGUGAGUCUUCCUGCCGGUAUUUUCACGUGAGACGCUGCAAGGAUGAAUGGCUGACCUCGGAGCUCACUGAUUGGUUUGCUGAUCUUUGCUGGCCGCAGCUGCUGUCAUGGCCAAAAGCCCGGAGGUGAAGCUGGCCGUCUUCGGCAGGGCGGGGGUGGGCAAGUCAGCUUUGGUGGUGAGAUUUCUGACCAGACGCUUCAUCUGGGAGUACGACCCGACACUUGAAUCAACAUAUCGUCAUCAAGCCAACAUUGACGAUGAGGUUGUCACCAUGGAUAUCCUGGACACUGCAGGGCAGGAGGACAUCCAGCAGAAGGAGGGGCACAUGCGUUGGGGUGACGGAUUUGUCAUUGUGUAUGACAUCACAGACCGGGGAAGCUUUGAGGAGGUGGCCCCACUCCGAAGUCUCCUAGAGGAGGUGAAGAAACCGAAAAAUGUGCCUUUGGUCCUUGUGGGCAACAAGUCCGAUCUGGACCAUGUCCGGCAGGUCGGCACAGAGGAAGGCGAGCGGCUGGCAGCUGAAAUGGCAUGCGCCUUCUACGAAUGUUCAGCAUGUGCCAAUGAGGGUGGCACUGUGGCAGAGGCUUUCCAUGAGCUGUGUCGCGAGGUGAGGCGCCGCAAGGCCAUGCAGGGCAAGGCCAGACGUCGCAGCUCCACCACACACGUCAAACAGGCCAUCAACAAGAUGCUGACCAAGAUCAGCAGCUAGGGAAGAGCCACACUACGGUCUGAUGACACAAAAAAAUUUACAUUUCUUCUCAUGUAAAUGUUUUAAGAAAUGUUUGGCUCUGAAAUGGACGCUAUGUGACAGAUUUAAUGUGGAAUGUGUUCUUUACUUAUGCUCUGAUCAUUUUUCACCAGAAAAAAAAAAAAGGUCCCAAGUGCAAUCCCUGUGGAAGAGGUAAAUCAUGUCGGGACUUCAGCAUGGGAGCCUUAACGGAUGAUUUCUUGUCCAAACUUUUGAGCUCAUUUGGAUCAAAAUAAUCCUGUAUACUGUUGAGAUACGAGAGGCUUCAUGAUCCUGAGGUUUUUAUCAUCUCAUCUAACGAAAAUGAAAAUGAUGCAUGCAAGCCAUCCUAUUUAGCAUGCAAAGAAUCCAAGGAUUUAUUGACGUUGAACAAGAAAAUUCGUAGUUUCCUCUCUGUAUCUUGUCUGUAGGAGGAUAUUGUGAUGUGCUUCGGCCCACAUGCGUGUUCUGUCAGCAGUGGUCAAAGAAAAAUGGGAUCAGAGAAAUGCUUUUAUGUAAAAGUUGAUCCAUUGUCCUUAACUCAUGUCAACCCUAGAAAAAAAUCCCUGUAACGGUUAAUGCCUGUCCUUCAAACAAACCUUGUAAUAAAGUCCACUAUGUUCUGUUGACAUUAAAUGUUCUUCAGUGCACGCCCUGCGUUUGUCCACAACAUGUGUACUCUAGGUAUUUUUCUCAAGGAACCAAAGCACAGGUUGAGAACAUGUCAAGGCUAGGGAUGCACCGAUCCAUUACGGAUAUCAGCCCAAUACGGACUCAAACAGCUGGAUCGGGUAUCAGUAACAAUGGGGCCGAGCUAUUUAAUUCAACGUUUACAGUAUAUACACAUUAUCUUUUGGAAUUUUAUUUCCGGUUUAAAUUUUCAAACAAUUUGUUGCUGCAUUUAAAAAUGUUUUACACUUGAAUUGGAAUUCCUGUUGAUUUUCGAGAUUUACUAUGUUGCUGGUGCGACAUUUAUUUUAAUAAAUUACAUUUCAAGUUAAAUUUUGUUUUACAAAGUUAGGAAAGCAAUGUUUAAGUCAAGCCUAAUGUUGAUUUACACAUAAAAUAAUGAUCCCAGUCACUUCCGUACAGAGAUUACAGAUUAUUAAUUAAACACUUGUAUUAGAUGGGUACUCUGUAUCGGCCAAUAGCCAGCCCAGGUAUUGGAACUGAAAAGUUGAAUCGGUGCAGCCCUGGUCAGGGCUAAUGAUUCCUACAAAAAGGGAAGCAGUCGCCAUUUAUCCCAACAUUCCAGGGAUGUUCCUCAUCCUCCCUUUUAUUUUAAUACUGUAAACUACAGUAUGUAUGAUACUGCCUUAAGCAAUGCUCUGUGUACAGAACCUAAAUGGCAUCUACAGUAGAAUAUACUGUAAUUGCUGAAAUGGAAUGUUUUUUUUCUUCUUUAUAUAUGUGACCUGUAUGAUCAAAAC